AUGUCGAAGGGAACGAUGCGCAAAAACUUGAGCAGUGCGUUCAAUAAGAUUUUCAAAACUUCUGGCUGUCGCAAUAUCGUGGCUUACCGCUACGGCACCCUCCCGAAACGCUAUGAGCGGGCUUUCACGGGAACCAAGAGCACGAUUUGGCCUGAUGUUGCAGUCUACCCUCAGCCUGAGUUGAUCGGGACCUCGGGAAGGGCAAAAGAAGGCUGCGAAACCCCACCGCGCGGCUCACCCACUUCAAUUUCUACUCCCUGCCGGGCUCCUCCGACUGAGCUCGUCGUCGAUGGUCUCUCCGGAGAGCCGCCGUCCAAUCAUCAUACGGCGUGGUCAUUGGCUGAAGCUUGCAUCAGUGUCCAUACCGCCCUUGUGCUGUCUUCGAAAGGAGGAUCCACGCAGGUGCCUUCAUGGGUUGCGGAUUAUGCGUCUCUCAUCUUCAGCCACCAGCAUCGCGUCUUCUUCUUUGUCGUCAGCAUCUGUGGUAGCUCUGCACGUUUCUUCCGAUUUGAUAGGGCCGGGGCCAUAUCUUCGGAGCCAUUCGACCUCUACAACGACCCGACCGCCAUACUCGGGCGAUUCGUCCAUCGAUUCAGCAAAAUGUCGCGCGAGCAACGCGGACACGAUCCCACCGCGUCACUCGCCUCUUCCUCUGAGGCUGCACUCUUCCGUCAGCUCCACACCCACUUUUCUGAAGACUCUGCUAUCAACCCGACAGUUCUGCGCGGCCUGAAGACGGCUGCUACUCCAGGGUGGCUCAUCUACGCGCUAGAUGUCUACGCUCCGUGGUCGCCGAAACACACCUUCCUGGACGCGGGAACUACGGCGGCGUGCACAAGUCACCGUUGCCUCGUCGGGAGACCAAGCUACAUCAGUGAUCGGUUGUACGAGAGCGGAACGCGAGGGUUCGUGGCGUACGAUCUUACGGAGGGCACGGUAGUAUGGAUCAAGGACAGCUGGCGACCGCUAUCUGCGGAUGUCCCGAGCGAGUUUGACAACUAUCAGACGCUGCUCCGGAAGAUGACACCUGACGUCUUGGAUGAGGGGUUAUUGACGCUCCGCGCUGGAGGUGACGUCCUAUGGCCCCCGUCGUCUUGCUUUCCAGACCAUGCUGCUCAUUCGGAGGCCGGUGCCCGUUCGGAGUCUUGGUUCGGGAGCCAAACACCCCAAACGCAAACUACCCUCACACACGAUUAUGCACCAGGCGCGGAAGAUUCAACCCCCCACUUCCCUAGAAGACAUGCCAGACUCGUUUUUGAAGAGGUUUGCCGAACCCUGGAGGAGUUUGACGAUGCUAGAGAGCUCAUGCUUGCGGUGUCCAUUGCUAUAAUGGUCCAUAGGGACGCUUGGGAGAAUGCGGAGCUUCUCCAUCGCAACAUCAGCGUCGGGAAUAUUCUCAUCUACGAGGAUCCCACCGACCCAAUGGGGCGAAAAUUCAUCCUUGCUGAUUGGAGACUUGCUACGGCGAAGGAUAAACUCGCUCCUACCGUUGACAUAACGUGGAAUAUGACGCAUAUUCUUGAAAGGGCACCUGGGACUUCCAGUCAGCGUUGGUGCAAUUAUGCCCAGACAAGCCGUAUGAGCUGUCGGACGACCUAG